ACCAAGAGAAGACAUUAUAUUACGCGUUGGGAUCUCUACUGAAGAACACAAAUUCGGUGGAUCAUAUAGACAAAGUUGGAGGGACUUUAUUUUGGUGAGUCUUGUCACUAAAGAAAUCUGAAAAUCAGAGGAAAUGGCAGAGAGAGCUCUUGUUGAAAGUUUCCUGAGUUGCCAUGUAUGUUCAGAGACUUUCAGAGAUCCUGUGUCUCUGAGCUGCAACCACAGCUUCUGUUCAAGCUGUCUGCAAAAAUUCUGGGAAGAAGCUAAAAACAAAAACUGUCCCAUUUGUAAAAGAAAGUCUUCAAAGGAUAGUCCAUCCAUAAACUUUUCUCUCAAAGAACUAGCCGACACUUUUGCUAAAAGUCAGAAUAAUGCUUCACCUGAGACUGAAGGAGAAAAAGAGAAUGAAAAGGAGAAGGUGGUGUGUGAUAAGCAUCCAGAUGUCCCUUAUUGGUUCUGUGAGGAUGAAGACAGAGCUGUGUGUCCCGUCUGUGAGUUUUCUCUCCACCACGGUCACAAGCUGGUUCCUACAGAACAAGCAGUCAGUGACCUGAAGGAGCAGCUGAAAUCUGACUUGAAGUCUCUACAGGACAAGAGGAGCAAAUACAAACAAGUGGAGAAAACAUACAAUGAAAUGAUUCAACACUCCAAGAAGCAGCUGCUGUCCACAGAGAGACAGAUCAGAGCAGAGUUCACCAAGCUCCAGCAGAUCCUGAAAGAGGAAGAGGAGUCCAGACUGGCAGCUCUGAGGGAGGAAGAGGAGCAGAAGGGGAAGAGCAUCAGCAGAGAGAUGAAGAUGAUUGAGGAGCAGAUCUCCUCUCUGUCAGACAGUAUCUCUGCUGUUGAAGAAGAGCUGAAGAAAGACAACGUGUCCUUCCUCAGCAGCUAUAAACCCACUCAGACCAGAGCCAGAGCCCAGAGCUCACUGUCAGAUCCACAGCUGGUCUCAGGAGGACUGAUAGAUGUGGCCAAACACCUGGGCAACCUGUCCUUCAGAGUCUGCGAGACAAUAAAGGAGAAGGUCCACUUCAGUCCUGUCAUUCUGGACCCAAACACAGCAAGCCCCUGUCUCUAUCUGUCUGAUGAUCUGACCAGUGUGGGAAAUGGAGACAAGAAGCAGCAGCUCCCUGACAAUCCAGAGAGACACACUAAGUAUGCCACUGUUCUGGGCUCUGAGGGCUUCAGCUCAGGGAAACACAGCUGGGAGGUGGAGGUGGGAGACCAUCCUGCAUGGACUGUGGGUUGGGUUAAAGAGUCAGUUGAAAGGAAAGGAGAACGAUAUGCUUCGCCAGAACAUGGAUUCUGGUGUUUAUGGCACGGCAGUGGAAAAUACACCAAUGGUGUUGGUGAGACUAUCACAGUGAAGAAGAGUCUCCAGAGGAUCAGAGUCCAGUUGGACUAUGACAGGGGGGAGGUGUCCUUCUACAAUGCUGAGGAUAUGACUCACAUCUACACUUACAGAGACACUUUCACUGAGAGACUCUUCCCAUGUUUCAAUAUUGGUUCAGCUGGUGAAGCCAAAACCACUGAUCUCAGACUACAUGAUGCAAAACGUUCCUUGGUUGUUGUAUAAUAUACAGUAAAUUUCCAAAGCACAAAAUGAGAUACUAAAGCAUAAAUGUAGGCUUAACUAAGUGUGUGAAAAUUGUUUGUUUGUGAGAACUAGGACAAGAAGAUUUAAAGCUUUUAUCUUCUGAAUUUUUUUAAUUUACAGUGUGCACAAUCACAUGGAAAUCAACAAAUUAUUUCUGUUUUAUCCAUAUGAACAAACUCAAUCUCUUUAUUUUUGUUUCUUCUUUAUGUUAAAUUCAAAAACUUGGUGGUGAGUAAAUAUUCUGAUCAACAAUUUAUGUCCUGAGUUACUUCUAUCAAUAAAUCAUUCCAGCUAUGCUGCAGUUCUACAUGUCU